AUGGUGAUUGCUCCUUCGCUCCAGACACUCUCCCUCAGUGGUACGUGCCCCCCAGUGUCUGAGGACCCUCCUCCCUCCAACGGCCCAGUAGUGGGUCUGGGGGGUGUAGGUCUACCAGGGAAGCCCGUGUUCCGGGGGGCGGCGGCGGUGGUAGUGAGCGAGGAGCAGAUGACCCGGCCCAUCAAGGCGUUCACGGCUGAGUUUGUCCGUCAGAUGCUGAUUGGUCUUCCCACCCAGACCCUGGGUCUGUCUCUCUGCAGCACUCUGUCCGCCCUGGGUCUGGAUCUGACCGCGCAGGUGGAGGCCAAGGACUUCGGAGCUGACGGCAAGGUGUCGCUAGAUGAGUUGUGUAAGCAGACGGUGGUGCAGGGUCUGGGCGCCGGCCGUAUGUCUCAGCUGCUGCUGAACAGAGGCACGGUGCUGGCUUCCUCCUACGACACGGCCUGGAAGAAACUGGACCUGCUCAGACGCCUGGAGACCAGCCUGGACGCUGCCAAGGUCUCCCUGCAACGCACCCAGCUACACAUCACCAUGUUCCAGUGGCAGCAUGAGGACGUGCUCGGCCCUCGGACCCAGCCGAUGAGUGUGAGCCCUCCUCCUCGCUCCAUCAUCCUCAGUAGUAUGAAGAAGAAGCUUUACAAACUCAGCCAGGACGAGGCGGCCAUCGCUGCUGUCCAGGAGAAGCUGGCAUCACUAGAGGGCAGUAUAGAGCAGCGUCUGAAGUGGGCCGGAGGGGCCAACCCUGCCCUGGCCCCGGUGCUCCAGGACUUUGAUCUGACCAUCGCAGAGCGCCGCGCCCUCGUGGCCCGGGAGAGCCAGCGUACCAGCCAGGUGACAUUCCUGUGCAGUACCAUACUGAACUUUGAGAGCCUGCGGAUGCGGACCCCUGAGGCCCUGAGCAUGGACUCUGCUCUGUUUGAGCUGCUGAAGAGGUGCCAGCAGACCUGCUCCUACGCUGCCCAGUUCAACACCUCCGUCUCCUCCAUAGAGCUACAGCUGCUGCACAGACUGAGUCCGGCGUUGGAGCUGCCCAUCGGCAGCCCUGAUUGGCUAGCUUGUGCCCAGAAGCAGCUGGGCCAGGAGCUGGCUACCCAGGGGGCUGUGCAAGAGGAGCGUGAGCAGCAGCUGGAUGUCGCCACGGAAUCACUGCAGCUAUUGGUGGACAGCAUCAAGGGCAUCCUGUCCAAUCACAACCGCCAGCUGGCUGACGUUAAACACCUUCUGAGGGCCAUGGCCAAGGACGAGGAGAACGCGCUGGCGGAGGGGGAGGAAGUGACCUACGAGGGCAGCGUGCGCCAGUUCCUGUUGGAGUACAAGGCGUGGCAGGACAACGUGCAGAUCGUGCUGUUCACUGUCGUCCAGGCAACGGGCCAGACCCGAGGCGGAGGAGCCAGUCAGGAGGGGGUGGAGCUACUGCAGGAGAUACCUGCUACCCUGAAGGAGCUACACACACAGAGCACCAGUGUGUAUAACGGCCUGGUUGGCUUUGCGUCUCCGUUGGUGACAGAGAGGGGUGGAGACUGUUCCAGCCCCACCUCUACAGCUCAGACCAGCUUCGCUGCAGCGGUGAGGUGCAGCGGUGUGAAGACUCAGACGGACUCAAUGUCCCAGAAUUCACGCAAGCUCCUCCCCCCUUCUAACCUUCUCUCACCCGGCGGACACCCCCCCAGCGCUCAGACGAUGACCACUGUCCAGGAGAGGAACUCGUACGCGGUGAGCGUGUGGAAGAGGGUGAAAGCCAAGCUGGAGGGGAGAGACGUGGACCCCAGCAGGAGGAUGAGUGUCACUGAACAGGUGGACUGUGUGAUAAAGGAGGCCACCAAUGUGGACAACCUGUCCCAGCUGUACGAGGGCUGGACAGCCUGGGUGUGA